AAUCAGCUUGAUCUUGUGAAAUGAGAACUGCCGGGAUCAUAGCCAAGAUCCCAAGAGGUGUGUCCCAUUUGUGGAUAUUAUUCCCCGAUUAUUCCGUGAUCCACCGGAAACCUCAAAUAACAUCUUCGUUGGCUAGCAUGGUGCACGUACUUUAGUAUUGUGCCACGAUACUCGCUGUCUUCUCCGAAAGAACUGCCUGUGAUGCUUACUCCAAGCCGAAAGUGGGCCGUUCGCGAGCACAGCAGCAGUUGACGGUAGGAAGCUGCCCUCUCGGAAAGCGAGCCUCAAAUCUCUUCCGGACUGCUGAUCGCCACACAGUCGCCCGCAGACAGGCCCACAGCGAUCCUCGUCGGCGACCAUGGACGGGGUUCAGCUCAAGGUGGCGCGCCAGGUGGAGAACAUCAAGUUGUUCCAGGAGGCGCUGGCCAAGAGCAGUCAGCUGAGCAAGGGCAUGUGCGGUAUUCUGUCGUCGUUCGACGAGCGCCUCAUGAAGCUGGAGCGCACCAUCCUGCCCGUGUACCACGAAACGGGCAACCUGCAGAGGCGCCAGGAGAACAUCGAGCGUACGCUCGCCCAACUCGAAGAGGUGGUGCAGCUGUACGGAGUGUCCCAGAUGGCCAAGCCCAAGAUCAGCCAGGGUCCCAGUGACCAGAACCUGGACUCCUUCCUCGAGGCCAUAGAGAAGGUGGAGAAGGCACGAGACUACUUCGAACAGAACAGCCCCCACAACAUCGAGGCCAACCUGCUCGAGCAGCUCUUCAAUGAGGGCGUCACAGGACUGCAGGCCGAGUUCGAGGCUUUGCUGGCGCGGCACAGCCGUCCAGUCUCACCCGUCGCCAUCCUUGACAUCGUGGAAGCCGAAUGUCCCCAAUCCUCUACAUCGCCUACAAACACUGCCGCGGCACUGGAGCCACUUCCAGCAGCCGUGGUCAACGACCUCUCUCGCAUCUCGUCGUGGCUCCGCAAGCGGGGCCUCUCCGAGCACCUAGAUGCGUACGCGACACAGCGCUCGCGCGUCCUAGUGCGGUCCAUGCAAGGCCUGCGCGAGCACCACAAGACCGGCUCGGCGAGCAGCGGCACGCUGCCGCCGCAGCCCUCGUCGUCGCCCCAGCUGGGCGGGAACCGCAAAAGCCGCGUACCGCGCCGCCUGCACGACGCCCUGAUGCGGGGCCUGAGGCGGGCAACAGACGUGGCGGGCCUUCAGGAGACUUCGUCAAGGGACGAGCUCCUGGACCAGGAGGUCGAGGCGUAUCUGACCACGCUGACAGCUCUCUGCCGCCUCAUGCAAGCCGAGGACGAGCUCCUUCGCAAGGUCCUGGGGCCGGACUUGCCGCUGCCCCUGGAAAGGGUUGUCCUGGCGGCGCUGGAGGCCGUCACCCAAGAAGGCGAGGCCUUGGCCGGACGCGUGAAACGUUGCGUUGCCCGACACGACUUUGUCAGCGUCCUCUGCCUGUUCCCCGUGCUCCAGCACGUACGGUCUCUGCGCAAGGACUACGAGUCUCUUUUGUCCGGGCCGACCUCGGGCCGAGCUGCCGCCGCCCGCCUUCCGGGUCUGGCCGUCACCCUCCAGACGACGCUGAACAAGGCGCUCGAGGAGCUCGUGGACAGCGUAAAGGGUGAUCCCGAGGGCAAGAUGCCGCGAGACGGCACCGUGCACGAGCUCACCAGCAACGUGAUGGUGGUGCUUGAGCAGUUGCUGGGUUUUGUCGAGGCCGCCGGGGCCGUGCUGGCCGUCUGGGACCUGGCGUCGUUCAGCCAGAGCAGGGACCCAAACCGUGCCGCGCUGGCGCAGUACGUGACACGAGUCCUGUCGGCGCUCAACCUGACGCUACACAACAAGAGUGCCCGAUACGAAGACCAGGCCCUGCAGGCCGUCUUCCGGCUGAACAACUUGCACUACGUCCUGAGGGCGCUGGUGCGGUCGGGUCUUCUGGAAGUCGUGCAGAUGUAUGAGCCCACUUUGGGACAGCAGUAUGAAGAACAGAUCAGGGACCAGAAGCGGCUGUACUCGCAGAGCUGGAGCCGCGUGCUCCACUACGUCCUGGAGGUGGACCGCCCGUUGUCCACGUCCGCGGUUGCCGCGGGCGGGGCCAAACUGAGAGACAAGGACCGGCAGACCAUCAAGGACAAGUUUACUGGCUUCAACCGCGAGCUGGAGGAGCUGUACCGCGUACAGAAGGCAUAUGCCGUACCUGACGUUGAACUUCGAGAGAGCCUGAAGCGCGACAACAAAGAGUUCGUGCUGCCAAAGUACAAGAUGUUCUACGACAAGUACGUCUCGGUGCCCUUCACAAAGAACCCGGACAAAUACCUCAAGUACACGCCGCUCCAGGUGUCGAACCUGAUUGACCAGUUCUUUGAUGCUGCUGCAUGAUUUGAGCUUGGCAGUGUUGUGAACACAUUGUUUUUUUUUUUUCAUUAUUUAAUAAACCUCGGUGAUAUUUU